AAUAUUUAAUUGUUAUUUUCAGUAUAGCGUGCUUUUUCUUUUCAAAUAAAUAAAAUAGAAAGCUUUAAAGUGCAGAAAUGUUAAAAGCACAAUUUUGUUCAAAGUCUGAAGUCAUACCAUGCGCCAUACCUGCGCAGUUACCUUCUGAAAGCCUAAAUCCAAAACAAUUGUAAAUUGUACGAAAAUCAUGCCCCUCUUCGGCAAAAAAGAUUCGGGAAAGAAGACGAAGGCGAGGGAUAUCAAGGAGUUGAACAAGCAAGUGUCAAUUGAAGAAAAAUAUAAUCUCCAUGGACUGUUGGGGACUGGUGCCUUUUCAGAAGUACGUUUAGCCGAAAGUAAGGAAACGCCAGGCGAUCAUUUUGCUGUUAAAAUAAUCGAUAAGAAAGCGUUAAAGGGCAAGGAGGAAUCCCUGGAGAAUGAAAUACGUGUGCUGAGGAGGUUCAGUGCAAAUCAUUUCGAUGGCAAAUGUCCAGAUGAAAGGCGAUUAACUCAUCCAAAUAUUGUACAACUGUUGGAAACGUAUGAGGACAAAUCCAAGGUGUACCUCGUCAUGGAGUUGGUUACUGGUGGUGAACUUUUCGACCGGAUUGUAGAAAAGGGGUCAUACACAGAAAAGGACGCCUCUCAUUUGAUCAGACAAAUUUUAGAGGCUGUCGAUUAUAUGCAUGAACAGGGUGUUGUGCAUCGUGAUCUUAAACCAGAAAACUUGCUAUACUACAGCGCUGAAGAUGAUAGCAAAAUAAUGAUUAGCGAUUUCGGAUUAUCCAAAAUGGAAGACUCGGGCAUUAUGGCAACUGCAUGUGGAACGCCAGGUUAUGUUGCACCCGAGGUGCUAGCACAAAAGCCAUAUGGCAAAGCCGUUGAUGUGUGGAGUAUUGGGGUAAUAUCAUACAUUCUGUUAUGCGGCUAUCCCCCGUUUUAUGAUGAAAACGAUGCCAAUUUAUUCGCACAGAUUUUAAAAGGGGAAUUUGAAUUUGAUUCGCCGUAUUGGGAUGAAAUCAGCGAAUCGGCCAAACAUUUCAUACGAAACCUAAUGUGUGUAACCGUAGAAAAGCGAUAUACAUGUAAGCAAGCGUUGGCUCAUGCCUGGAUUUCUGGCAAUGAAGCGAGUAGCAAAAAUAUUCAUGGAACCGUCUCAGAGCAGUUGAAGAAGAACUUUGCAAAAUCACGCUGGAAGCAAGCUUAUUAUGCGGCCACAGUCAUACGGCAAAUGCAAAGGAUGGCUCUUAGCAGCAAUAAUAGUAGUAGUGCAAAUAGUGAUUCCACUGGGAAUAGCAGUACCCACAAGAAACACUCUACGAAUGCAACAGCAGUAGGAGCAGAAACAGCAUCUGGAGAAGGAACUGAAACAAGCCCCGCUGCCACAGCACACAUUCUUCGUUUGCCUCAGGAUCAGAGCAGUGAUCUGGAAACUAGCAAUACCAAUGGAGCUUCAGUUUGAAUAUGAAAAUAAUAUGUUACAUUUGUCGUUUUUCCAAUUACAAUUUCUUGAAUUUUAAAUUUUUUCUAGUCUAUAGUAAAUAUUCUCACUGAUGUUUACUAAUCAAAGCCAAUUCUUUGAAAUUUGCUAACAAAAAUGUACUCUUCUUAAUAGAAGUCAAAGUAAAAACGUUGACAAAAAAUAUACCAUAUAAAUAAUACGAA